GUACGGGACCGGGUAGGAUGUGUGGGCGCCGCCGCAGUCGCAGCAGGGCCAUCUUCCGUAGCCGGCACCUGCACCCCUCGCCCGGCCGCAUGGCGCCAAGGCCGCUGGGCCCCUUAGUGCUGGCUCUGGGCGGUGCCGCGGCUGUGCUUGGCUCGGUGCUUUUCAUCGUCUGGAAAGCCUACUUCGGGCGAGGACGGGAGCGGCGCUGGGACCGUGGCGAGGCCUGGUGGGGCGCGGAGCCCGUCCGCCUCCCUCAGUGGGACGAGUGGGAGCCGGAGGAUGAGGAAGAGGAGGAACUGGUUCUAGAGGAGCUAGAGCAGCGUGAGGUGCUGGUGCUGGGGCUGGAUGGGUCUGGGAAGAGCACGUUCCUGCGCUUGCUGUCCGGGAAGACACCGCUGGAAGGCCACGUUCCCACCUGGGGCUUCAACUCCGUGCGGAUGCCCACCAAAGACUUCGAGGUGGACCUUCUAGAAAUUGGUGGCAGCCAGAACCUGCGCUUCUACUGGAAGGAGUUUGUGAAUGAGGUGGAUAUACUAGUGUUCAUGGUGGACUCAGCUGACCGGCUGCGGCUGCCCUGGGCCCGACAGGAGCUGCACAAGCUGCUAGACAAGGAUCCUGACCUGCCUGUCAUUGUGGUGGCCAACAAGCAGGACCUGAGCGAGGCCAUGAGUGCGGCAGAGCUGCAGCAGGAGCUGGGCCUGCAGGCCAUUGACAGCCAGCGGGAGAUUUUCCUCUUGGCAGCCAGCAUUGCCCCUGCAGGAUCUGGCUGUGAAGACCCUGGCACCGUGCUCAUCUGGAAACUACUCUUGCAGCUUCUCUCCUAGGCUGGAGCUUCCUACUCUGCCUAGCCCUGGUGACCACAGUUCCACUGCCUUCUGCUUCAUCACCAGCCUGGGCCCAGGGCAGGAGCCACAUGGUAGCACUCCCAUCUGCCUUCCUUGCCUUCUCAAGAGCAAAGCUGAGAACCAUACAGAAGCCUUCCUAGUGAGGUGGCCAUGAGGCUGAAGCAGGGAGGUGGGGAGGCAGAGGAUGGGAGAAUGACAGAGUAGCUCCUUCCAGGCUAGAGUGUGGAUCCAGCUUUCCCUUCUCUCACCUGCACAGUGACAUGCCCAAUGGGCUGAAUCAUCCCCUCCCUGCAGGUCUCAGUGGUUGAAGAACCAACAGAGGUCAAAAGUACCCCUAGAGGCUUCAGGUCUCCUGGUCUACUCUUGAUGACUUCAUGCCCUUUUCAGGUGGGCAGGUUCUUGGUGGCAUGAAGUCACCCCUUGCUCCCAGGCCUGCACUGUCCUCCAGCCCCUGCUCUGCCUAACUAGCUUGUGGCCUUGUUCAGUCUCUGCCUGUCUGGCCCCAAGGCCAUCAUUUUUGUUUUGUUUUUUGGUACCGGGGAUCGAACUCAGGACCUUGCACUUGUGAGGCAGGCUGUGGAACCACUGAGCUAAAUCCCUGGUGGGCCAUCAUUUUUAAAGGGAGGUGGUUUCCUUUUAUUUUUUCUAACUGCCAGCUAUGGAGAUACACAGUGCUAGGGUGAACCUGGCAAUAAUUUGCCAAACACUUCCCAGCUUUUAAGGCCUGGCCUGCCCACAUCUCUUGAAUAUAGAGUAAGUGCAGUUCAUCCACCAAAAGAAAGGGUGAAGGCUGGGUUUUCCUCCCUGAUCUGGAGGCAGACUACUACUCUUGUACUAACUGUGCCAAUGCCCAUGUUUACAUAAGUGUGGGGAAGGAAGGAUUCCCAAGUCUCUGGGAAUACAACUGUUAGCUAGAGCUGGGAGUUGGACUCAGAACUGUUUUGUUUAUUUAUGUAUUUAUCAAAGGAACCAGCGAAAGUUCUAAGUUCUGUUUCUAGGUGCUGUAAUCAAAACACCAGGUGAUUGUCAUAGAAAGUUUGGAACUUUGAGGAAAACAGCUAGAAUCAUGACUAUUGAGAUAACCUACAGAUGCCGGUGGAUUCAAGGCUGUAGUACCCCCUAGGGGCCCUACGAGACUUUAAUUAAGAUGAGUACUUCAUAGUGAUUCACAUGAACUUAAAACUCUGCCCCUUGGUCCCAAAUGCUAAAGACACUCAAACCCCUUCUAGGUAGGAAACAAAUGACUCUGGAAGAGAUUUGUCAUUUAAAUCCAGGUAAAAAAUAAUUUCAUCAUGAGCUGGUCAUGGUGGCCCACACCUGUAACUCCAGCAACUCAGGAGGCUGAGGCAGGAUUGAAAGUUUAAGGCCACCAUGGGCUACUUAGACCCUGCCUCACAAUUUUAAAAGGGUGCCAGGUGGGCAUGGUGGCACACACCUGUAAUCCCAGCACUCAGGAGGUUGAAGCUUGAAGACUGCAGCAAGGUCAAGGCCUGCCUGGGCUACAAAGUAAGUUCAAGGCCAGCCAUAGUAAGACUUUGUCUCAAAAACACAAAAAUAAAUAAAAAUUUAAAUAAAUAAAAGAGAGGGUAUGGCUCAGUGGCCCUAGGUUUAAUCUCCAGUACCACUACCAACCACCAAAAAAAAAAAUCAUGCGAAUCCAAAGGACAGGAAUAGCUGACUAGCUAACAGUGUGGCCUUGGGCACAUCAGCCUCCCUGGACCAUUUAUUUAUUCCUCAGCAAAAACGAAGUUGGAACUAAAUUUAUUGGGUUAUCUCCAGUGCACAUUCCAUGAUUCUACAGUGAUCAGCCACUUUUUAAGAUUGUCUCUGUGUUGACACUAGCAUAGGCUAAAGGAGCCUUUUGUCUGUCAGGGGCCAUUGAAUAAUGAACAGCCACAAAUGGAUGGUGUUUUUUUUUUUUUUGCAGUACAAGAGAUCGAACUCAGGACCUUGUGCUUGCGAGGCAGGUAGGGCACCACUGAGCUAAAUCCCUGGCCCACAAAUGGACUUUUUGUUUUUGUUUUUUUGGCAUCAGGGAUGGAACUCAGGUCCUUGCGCUUGCGGGGGCAGGCGGCAGAACCACUGAGCUGAAUCCCUGGCCCACAAAUGGACUUUUUGAAAGGCACUAUCCCAUGCAGUUUGCUUUCUAAUUAAAAAUAAAUUGUGUGUGUUUAUUUCAUUUGACAUCUACCCAGCAUGCUUUGGUGCCAUACUAUGGCCAGUGUCAGAAGAGACACACAAUGGGGUAGUGGGUAGGAAGCUCCCAAGUCCAGAAAUACAAGUGACCUUUGGAAGCAUGGCUGGCUGGGUCCUUGGGCUAUCAGGAUGGAACUAUGGUUUGAGAAGCCAAUUCACUUUCUGCAGUAAGAAGGAAUUUUUCUGCUUUAAUAUUUAAGGAAUAAUUUCAGUUUUAGAGUAGCCUUUGAAACUUUGCUGGCAGCUUUUCAUCUUGUCUUUGAAAGGGUAAGAAACCCUGCAUCUUUGUUCUGUGAACUCUACUUUGUUCUCUAGUACUCAAAGGCUAUCUUUUGAACCAGCACUGAUGGCUGGAAAAGGACCCUUUUCUCUUAAGAUCUGCCUUUUGUCUAAUGAAUAUUCUGUAGUGCAAUUCUUGGAAGUCCUUAGUAGGGGGAGGUAAACAAAAAAUAAAGAAUUCCACUAUGUCUACUUGAA